UAAGUUUGCAGAGUGAACGACGUGUGGCCGUAGUGUUUUAAAUGAAUGUGUUUGUCGGUGUCGAUGUUUGUAAAUGUUUCCAUCUGUUCAUUUUAUUACGAAUUGAAAUUUCUCACUUGAAUGCUGAAUCAUAUGAAGUAUCUUAAUAUUUAGUGCAUAACUUGUACUAGACCAUUAUAUUCAAAGCACCUGAUUGUAUAAUUUUUGUGAAUACUCAUAUGUACAUAUGUGAAUUUUAGAAUUGAUGUAAGAAAUUAUGGGUAAAGAUAAAAAGCAAAAGAAGAACCCCCAGGAAGAAAAAGAAAAGUCCGAUUUGAAAAAGGAUGCACUGGAUUUGCCAGAUCUAGCAGAAUCUAAAGAUCACCAGGAGGAUACUGGACACUCUAAACGUUCUAAAAAGGCUAAAGAUAAAAAGAAAAGUUUUUCACCUCCUCUUUUAGAAAAUUUCAGUGAUGAAGAAAUUGAAAUCAUAACAUUAGAACAACAGCGCAAAAACAAGAAAAAACUUCCAAAAGCUAGUUUUAAUAUUUUAGAAGUGGAAGAUUUUGAAACAAAAGACAAUAGUGAAGAUGAAGAUUCUUUGCGGACUAAGAUACAAGACAGCUCUGAAGCUGUUGAAAAUACUGCCGAAGAAAAAAACAAAUCAAAAUCAGAUGCUAAGGCAGGGAAAAAAUCAAAGAAGAGAGAGCGCAAGAAGAAAGGGGAUGAUGAUGAUGAUGAUGAAAUUCAAAAAAUGUUGGAGGAACUAGCCAUAGAAAAUAAAAUAAAACAACCUGAAGAUAAAGUCAAGGAUACAGUUGCAGUUGUACCUGAUGCUAAACCUGAAGCUGCUGAUAAUGUUUCUGAAAAACAGUCAAAGAAGAAGAACAAAGAACCAGCUGCCAAAGAUGAAACAAUCAAAGAACCAACUGCUAAAGAUAAAAAUGAGCCUUCUGAACUUUCCACAGUUAAAACGGCUGCUCAGAAAAAGAAAGAAAAAAAAGAAAGGGAGAAAGAGAAAAAGGCUGCACAGUUUGAAAAGAAUGCAGCCAAAAAGAAACCCGAUAGCUCUGAGCAAAAAGUUUCACCACCACCUACUACACCACAGACGGAAGAUACAGCUUCUGUUCUUGAAAAAGACGAUAAUGAAGAGGAAGAGGUAGAAGUUAAGAAAAAGGAAACUAAAGGGAAGAAGAAAAAAGGUGAAGAAGAUGAUAAAAAGGAUAAAAAGAGACCUGGGAAGAAACAGAUUGCUGCUAUGCAAGAGGCUCUUAGAAAAGUAAAAGAAGAAGAGGAAAGGUUAAGACUAGAAGAAGAAGCAAGAAUAAGAGCAGCUGAAGAAGCAGAAAGAUUACGUCAAGAAAAGUUGCGGUUAGAACAAGAGAAAAAGGAAAAAAAGAAGAAAAAAGAAAAAGAAAGACGUGAGAGACUUAAAGCAGAAGGAAAAUUAUUAACUAAAACCCAGAAACAAAAUCGAGCUCGUAUGGAAGCCACUCUUGCAGUUCUGCGACAACAAGGUGUUGAAAUUCCUGAAGUUGGAGAGAAAAAAGAAAAGCUUCCAAGACUUGGGGAUCGUAAAAAGUUUCAAAAAAAAGAGAAGAAAGUUCAAGAUGAAACUUCAACAGAAAUGCCUAAAAUUGAAGAACUGCCCUCACCAGAAGUACAUGAAUCAUCUCCCGAAAUUGAAGAGCCUGCAGAAGAAAAAGCAGAAUCUCCUAUUGAUGAAGAUGAAAAUAUUAAAGAUGCUUGGUAUGAAACAUCUGAUGAGGAGAGCAGUGAAGAACAGGGUCUUGCAGAUAAAAAAUCUGAACAGCAAGUUGCAGACUUAACAUCUAAAAACUUUAAAAAACAUAGCGAAAGUGAGGGUAGUUCCUCUGAAUCUGAAAAUGCAUCAUCAGAUGAGUCUGACUCUGAAGACGAAAGUGAUAGCAGUAGCAGUUCUGAAAUUUCACAGACUGAAAAAAUAAGGAUGCGAAUUGAAAAACGAAGACAACUGGCUGAGAAUAAUAGAAGCAUAUCCAAAUUACGAUCUCCUGUUGUGUGUGUUCUAGGUCAUGUAGAUACUGGAAAGACAAAGAUACUUGAUAAAAUUCGUAGCACACAUGUUCAAGACAGUGAAGCUGGUGGUAUAACUCAGCAAAUAGGCGCUACAAUGGUACCACGUGAAGCACUUCAACAACAAUGUAAAUCUGUAAAAAAUUUUUCAGAUCUUGAACUGAAGGUUCCUGGCCUUCUUAUCAUAGAUACUCCUGGUCAUGAAUCUUUUAGCAAUUUACGCUCCCGAGGGUCUAGUCUUUGUGACAUAGCAAUUCUUGUUGUUGACAUCACUCAUGGAUUAGAACCACAAACAAUAGAAUCAAUAAACAUAUUGAAGCAAAGGAAAACUCCAUUUAUUGUUGCAUUAAACAAGGUUGAUAGAUUAUAUGAAUGGAAAUCGAAGCCUCAUUCAGAUAUUCAAGAUCUUAUCAAAAGCCAAUCUCGAUCAACAAAACAGCUUUUUGAUGACAGAGUAAAACAAAUUAUCCUGGAAUUUGCUCUUCAGUCUUUGAAUGCUGUUCUGUAUUAUGAAAACCAAGACCCUCGCUCAUAUAUAUCAAUGGUACCUACAUCUGCUGUGACAGGUGAUGGAAUGGGAAAUUUAAUGUCUUUAAUUGUGGAAUACACACAAAACAUGAUGGCUAAACGAUUAAUGUUUUCCGAAGAAUUGCAAGCAACUGUAUUAGAGAUUAAAUCUAUAGGUGGUUUAGGCCAUACUAUGGAUGUAAUUUUAGUGAAUGGCCGUUUGCGGGAAGGUGAUACGAUUGUCUUUGCUGGAUAUGAUGGUCCAGUUAGUUCUCAGAUAAGAUCUCUUUUAACACCUCAACCACUGAAAGAACUGCGAAUUAAGACGCAAUACAUUGAACACAGAGAAAUAGAAGGAGCUCUAGGGGUAAAAAUAUGCGGUAAAGAUUUUGAAAAAGCUAUUGCUGGUCUUCCCUUACUUGUCCCUAAACGUUCUGAUGAAACCAAGGUCUUAAUGGAAGAAAUAGCUGCAUUGUUAAAAGAUGCAAUGAAUUCUAUUAAAGUCACUGCUGUUGGAGUGUAUGUACAGACAUCAACAUUAGGUUCUCUGGAGGCAUUGAUGGAAUUUUUAACAGAAUCAAAAAUACCAGUGUCUGGUGUGAGAAUAGGACCAGUAACUAAGAAGGAUGUCAUGAAAGCAUCAGCAAUGCUGGAGCAUGAUCCUACAUAUGCUGUGAUUUUAGCAUUUGAUGUAAAAAUAGAAAAAGAAGCUCAAGAACUGGCAGAGUCUCUUAGUAUUAAAAUAUUCCAUGCUAACAUUAUUUAUCAUCUUUUUGACAUGUUCACGAAUUAUCAAGCCGAGCUGAAAGAAAGAAACCGAAACUUAUAUAAAAACGAAGCAGUUUUCCCUUGUAAAUUAAAAAUACUUCCUCAGUUUGUUUUUAAUUCACGAGAUCCAAUAGUUGUUGGAGUAUCUAUUGAGGCUGGUAUCCUAAAAGAAGGAACACCAUUAUGCGUACCAUCUAAAGAAUUUCUAGAAAUUGGAACUGUUACUACUAUUGAAGUAAAUCAUAAACAAAUUGAAACUGCUCGUAAAGGACAAGAAGUUUGCAUCAAAAUAGAGCCAUCAGGAGGAGAAGCACCAAAAAUGUAUGGACGGCAUUUUGACCACACUGAUCUGCUUGUUAGCAAGAUAUCAAGACGUUCAAUUGAUAUGUGCAAAGAACAUUUUCGGGAUGAUCUGCUUAAGACUGACUGGCAGUUGAUAGUUGAAUUAAAAAAACUCUUCCAAAUUUUGUGAUCAAAAUAUUACUUAGUUAUUUUAAAGUCAUUUAUAUUUUCUGGUCUUGAGAGCACUUAUAAGAUAAUGCAAUUUGUUACUGACAAUAAACUGAGCAUUCUGUUUUUAAUAUAUAAUGUUAAUAAAAGUGUUUAAGGAAUCCUGCACUUUAUAUGAUAAUAUUCUUCAGUACUUUAUUUUUAAAUACUUCUUUAUCAUUUCCUUAAUAUACCACAAGAAUUUGAUUAUUAUUUAAAGACAAUCAGCAUUUAAAGCAAAAUGUAUAUUGUAUCAUAACAUAUAGCAUAAUAUCUGGAACAUGGAAGUUUCGAUUUACUUAAAAAUAUUACUCAACUGGAAAGAGAAAAAAAGAAAAGAAAAAGACAUCUUUCUUCUUAUAUUUUUAUUUCUGUGACGAGAAAAGGAGGGAAAGGAAACUGUGUAAAAUUAAUUUUUAUAUGCUUUUACAUUUAUUUCUCAUGAACAGUAAGUUUUGUUAUAUUUUCAAGUAUUUCUUUUAUAUGUGUAAUACAGUUUUUAAUCGUAAACUCAUGAAAGCUCUCUUAUGUGGUUUUAUUCAUAAAAAUAAUCAAGGUUUAUUUUCAAGGAAUCCAUCAUGGUUUUUAAUUUAGGCUUUAAUAAAGAAAGGUAAAGAUGUAAUUGUUUAGAAAAGUAUCAAAUGAGUAAUUUUUAUAACUAAUGCUCCUUCCAAAAAAGGUAUAGCUAAGAAAUGUGCUAGAAUGCCAAAUAAAUUUUUAAAAAAUUGCUUUGAAUAACUUUUCUCUCUCUCUUUUUAUUUGUUUGUUUUCAACUUUAUGUAUUUUCCUAUAAAUUAUAUUUGCUUUUAAAUAUAUGCAGCUUAAAUCAUACCGUCAAGAAUUCUGAAUAUCAAAAAUUAUUUUUAAUAUUUAUCUAAAGGUAGGAGGACCACUCUGUUGCUUUGUAUUAUUUGUGUGUAUUACAUGGCUGCGAUUUAUUCCAAUUUUGCCGGGAGAUCCCCACUUAUAAUUUUACUCUUUGCUGAGGAAACUGUUUCCCGGCAAUAAAUAUAGCUUAUUGGAUUGAUGAAACUUAAGUUUUAAAUAUUCAGUACCCUGUCUGUAGUGAUUUUAGCAUAAUAUUUCUUAUAAAAUUUUAAUUGAUCUGAAACGUCUUAAUUUACUGUAGACAUUGGUUGAACUUUAUAUUAAGAUUCAACCAGUGUUCAUUCAGUUUUUGUUUUACAUUUUUAUAUCGUACUUUUAAGUUUAUUCACACAGUUGUGUGUGCAUUAAUUAUCAGUUUUAUUUGCAUCAUACUUGAUAUAAGGACUUUGAUAAAUAAAAGCUGUCAUUACAGAGAUUUCAAGAUUUUCUCAGUAUAAAAAUGUAAGAAAAUUGUAAAAUGAAAUUAACCAGAAACAUAAAAUUUUAAAUAUCUAAGUAAAUAUGCAAAUAUUUUACACCAGAAUCAUAUUAUAAGUACUUAAAUAACCCAAGACAUGCAUCAUAAAGUGAAUUUAAAUCAGUUUCAAUACCUCCAUGCAAUGCAGAAAUCUCCUGGGAAUUCAUGAUGAUGAGCAUGACAACCUCCCAAUUUUUCAUAUUUCAAGGUUGGUAACUAUGACAUUAUUAAGAGAAAUGUGAAUAUUACAUCCAAAGAAAACUUACAUGGUUAUAGGCUGGAUAUGAUGAUUAAAUUUUUGUACAGCAUUAUUUAUAAUUUGAGAUAUAAAAGAAUAGUGGAUUGUAGCCAUACAGACAAGAUAAAAGUAUUUAUUUUUACAAUUUUGUAUGCUGUUCAUUGUAUUGUAUGAAAAACUAUUUGAUUGGAUGAAAGAUGUAAAAAAAUCUUAUUUGAAUGGACAGGAUGGAUUGUAGAAGACUUCCUUCUGUAAAAAAACACCACUAAAGAAAUUUAAUUAUGUUUAUUUUUAUCAUAAAUAUUAAAGCAACUACUUAUCUGAA